AUGUCCGGCGAGAAGCGACCUGCUCAAGAGGCCUUCGGGUCUUCCAACCAGCUAGUCGUCAAGCGAAAGAAGUCCGAUGCUAGUAUCGAUAACAGUGCAGCUGUGGUCAAGGGCUCUUCGCAAAAUGGGGCUCUUGUGCAAGCAGUUCCCCGCACCAGCGGGCUCCAGGCCCCAAUCAUGGAAUUAACAGGUCAUUCUGGCGAGGUUUUCUCUGUACGAUUCGAUUCAACGGGUCAGCACAUUGCUUCAGGAUCGAUGGAUAGAUCAAUCUUACUUUGGAAAACUUAUGGAGAAUGUGAGAAUUAUGGCGUGCUGUCCGGUCAUCGGGGCGCUAUUCGUGAUCUUCAAUGGUCCCGAGACUCCAAGACGAUAUUCUCCGCAUCGACAGACAUGACGCUUGCCAGCUGGGAUCUAGAAACAGGGCAAAGGAUUCGACGACACGUGGGUCAUGAAGAUUAUAUCAAUUGUCUUGAUAUCAGCAAAAGAGGCCAGGAGUUACUGGUCAGCGCUAGCAAUGAUGGCAGCAUAGGCAUCUGGGAUCCUCGGCAGAAAGACGCUAUCGAUUGUCUGGAAACCGAACUUCCUAUCACUGCGGUGGCCCUCUCCGAGGCUGGAAAUGAGAUAUUCAGCGGUGGUAUCGACAACGCCAUUCAUGCGUGGGAUCUUCGAAAGAAAAGUAUUGUAUAUUCCUUAACAGGACACACGCACACCAUCACCUCGCUCGAACUAUCACCAGACUCGCAAACGCUUCUCUCCAACUCCUUCGACUCUACUGUACGGACAUGGGACGUUCGGCCUUUUGCACCAACCAAUCGACACAUUCGAACUUUUGAUGGCGCCCCAGUUGGUCUGGAAGAGAAUUUGAUUCGGGCCAGUUGGGACCCGACGGGUGAGAAGAUCGCCACGGGAAGCGGUGACCGAAGUGUUGUCGUGUGGAACUCGAAGAGCGGAAAACUCCUAUACAAAUUACCAGGACAUAAGGGAACUGUUAAUGAUGUUCGGUUCUCACCGAACAACGAGCCCAUCAUUGUGUCCGGGUCAUCUGAUCGGACUCUUCUGCUCGGCGAACUUGGCAAAUGA